AUGGCCAACCACCAAGAUCCGAUCACCUACGGACCAGCUGCUCCGCAUGGCCCAGAUGUCGAUGGCAAUCACCCGAGCAUGGUCUCGCCGGACUUUGGCAUGUAUCAGAAUGAGAAGGAGAUCUUCGACUCCCUUCUCAAGCCGGACGACAGCUACGAUGCAGAUGGAACGUAUUGGGCUGACAUGAGCAUUUGGCGUCGAUUCAAGUUUGUCCGCAAGGUCGACGCAAUCGAAACUAAACGCGAGUUUGGUUCUUUCUGGUCCAUGUUCAAAGCAGACCCGCUCUCGCCGUUGGGCUUCUAUUUCAGAAAUAUGGUCCUGCCUGGUGCCGGUCUUGGGCUCGAAGGCUAUGUCCUUUUCUCCAUCGGCAAUCUGAAACCACUCUUUCAGAAAGGCUUCCCGAACUGCUGGAACAAAGAAUUGACCUGCAGUGCUACGUGGCUCGCAGCGGUCGAGUAUCUCGAGAUUUGUGGUAUUAUUGUCGGUCAAAUCCUGGUCGGUGUCAUCGGAGACUGGAUCGGCCGCCGUUGGGGUCUCAUCCAAGACGCCACAAUUAUGUUCAUCGGUCUACUCAUGUUGACGGCUGCUUGGGGAGUCACUGAGAACGGAUGGGUCAUCUGUUACGUCUGGUCUCUAUUCUUCUAUGGCAUCGGCGUCGGCGGCGAAUACCCCAUGACAGCUACGGCUGGUAUGGAGAAUGCCGUCGGGUCAGGAAAGGUCUCGACCCGGGACGAUCGUCUGCAUCGCGGUCGCAAAGUCACCAGCGCUUUCUUGAUGCAGGGAUGGGGUCAGUUCUUCAACCAAGUUCUGCUGAUCCUCCUGCUGCUUAUAUUCCACCACGGCAGCGGGAAUGCUCCAUACUCCAAACUCGCGGUGCAGUGGACAUACCGUGUGUCCUUUGCUAUCCCAGCAGUGGGAACGCUGUGGCUUGUGUACUACCGUGUCUACAAGAUGAAGUCGGCCUCUAAGCAGCUACAAGCUGCCAAGAAGAAGUCAUCUGUGACCGGCUACGACGCCCAAUCGUUGAAGAUCAUCAUCAACCACUUUGGCGGCCGCUUGCUUGCCACGGCUGGUACCUGGUAUAUGAAUGACGUCUUCUUCUACGGCAACAAGUUGUUCCAGGGCGAGUUCAUCAAAGUCAUCACCCCAAAUAAUAGCUCAGUCAUGCCCGGUUGGCUGUACAAUCUGAUCAACGUGGGCGUUGCUCUUUGUGGCUACUAUCUCGCAUCAUUUCUCAUUGACAACAAAUUGUACGGUCGCAAGCACAUGCAGACUGUCGGAUUCCUGAUGGACUUCAUUCUUUUCGUUGUACCUGCUUUUAAUUUCGAGUACUACACGAGGCCAGAACACAUCCACUCUUUCCAGGCCAUGUACUUCCUGUCGUCCUUCUUCAACCAAUUCGGUCCCAACUCCGUCACCUUCAUCGCUGCUGCAGAAGUGUAUCCCACUGCUGUCAGAGCCACAGCACAUGGAUUUUCUGCUGCCGUCGGCAAACUAGGCGCCCUGACGGCCGCUGUCUUGUACAACUACAUCGAUACCCAAACCAAGUUUUACGUUGUGCCUUGGUUCGGCCUAGCGGGUGUCUUGCUCACCGUAGUAUUCAUGCCAGAUACGACGGGACUGGAUCUCAAGGAGCAAGAACGUCGGUGGGCGUUCAUUCGUGCAGGAAGAGAGCAGGACUACCACGGCAUCGCCAUUCACCCCAAGCACCUCUCACUCUGGGAGCGCUUCCGUGGCGUGUCGAAGCCCUACGACCCUGAUCUCGAUUACAAGCAGCGGAUCGAGGAGAUGCGGAAAGAGUGGGAGGUCAACAUGCAGGAGAAGUAUGACGAAAAGGACGGCCGACUUGAUCGUGAAGACUUUGAAGAUGAAGACUUGCCCAACCAUGCUACUCACUUCUUCCAGCGCACCACGACUGCCGAACAUCUAGUGCCGCGAGAAAAGGAGUUGAAUGAGAAGGAGGAUUAUCAGUCCAGCUCUGACUCCCCUACUCGACGAUAG